AUGGCUAAGGACAAGGGCGAGAAGUCCAACUUCCAGCUCAAGGUGCCCAAGGGCACCAAGGACUGGGAGGGCAAGGACAUGGUCAUCCGCGACAAGAUCUUCAGCUCCAUCACCGACGUCUUCAAGCGCCACGGCGCCGUCACCAUCGACACGCCCGUCUUCGAGCUCAAGGAGAUCCUGGCCGGCAAGUACGGCGAGGACAGCAAGCUGAUCUAUGACCUGGCCGACCAGGGCGGCGAGCUGUGCUCGCUGCGCUACGAUCUGACCGUUCCCUUCGCGCGCUGGCUCGCCCAGAACAGCUCCGUCACCUCCAUCAAGCGCUACCACAUCGCCAAGGUCUACCGCCGCGACCAGCCCGCCAUGACCAAGGGCCGCAUGCGCGAGUUCUACCAGUGCGACUUCGACAUUGCCGGCACCUACGACCCCAUGCUGCCCGACGCCGAGAUCCUGCGCAUCACCAGCGAGAUUUUCGAGGCGCUUGGCUGGAAGGGCCGCUACACUAUUAAGAUCAACCACCGCAAGAUCCUCGACGGUAUCUUUGAGGUCUGCGGCGUGCCCAAGGAGAAGAUCAGGACCAUCAGUAGCGCCGUGGACAAGUUGGACAAGUCGCCAUGGGAGGAGGUGCGCCGCGAAAUGACGGAGGAGAAGGGCCUCGACGCCGCCGUGGCCGACAAGAUUGGCGAAUUUGUGAAUCUUAAGGGCGGCGAGGACCUCCUCGAAAAGCUCAAGGGCACGGAAGCUCUUACGAGCAACGCGUCGGCGCAAAAGGGUCUCGAGGACAUGAGCCUGCUGUUCAACUACCUCAACAUCUUCGGCGUCAUGGAAAAGAUCUCGUUCGACAUGUCGCUCGCGCGCGGCCUCGACUACUACACCGGCGUCAUUUACGAGGUCAUCACCGAGGGCUCCGCGCCCGCGACGGCGUCUGGCGCGCCCGAAGCGCAGAAGGCGCAGCGCUCAGGUAAGAAGGACAAGAAGGCGGCAGCCGACGGAGAGGAGGACCGGUCAAACGACCCGAGCGUCGGAGUCGGUAGUGUCGCCGCUGGCGGCCGCUACGAUGAGCUGGUCGGCAUGUUCAGCGGCAAGCAGCAGAUUCCGUGUGUUGGUAUCUCGUUUGGCGUGGACCGCAUCUUCAGCAUCACGAAGGCCCGCAUGGAGGCCGAGAAGAAGGCCAACACCGUGCGCCUGAACGAGGUCGACGUCUUCGUCAUGGCCUUCGGCGGCAAGGGCUUCACGGGCCUUCUGCCCGAGCGUAUGGCUGUUGCCCGCACCCUCUGGGACGCAGGCAUCAAGGCCGAGUUCAGCUGGAAGGUCAAGCCGAAGCUGCCCCAGCAGUUCAAGGCCGCGGAGACUGGCGGUGUUCCCUUUGCUGUUAUCCUGGGAGAGGAUGAGCUGCGCGAGGGCAAGGUCAAGAUCAAGGAGAUGGGUCUGCCCGAGGGCCACCCGGAGAAGGAGGGUCUUAUGGUUGAGAAGGCGAACCUGGUUGCUGAGGUCCGCUCCCGUCUCACGGCUUACAACCAGAAGCAGGCUGGUGACAGUGAUGUUGAGGCGGUGACGGAGAAGGUUGGAGAGGUCAAGGUCCAGGACAGGGACGAUGUGCCCGGCUCGCCGCCUGUCAUCCCGCAGGUUUCGUAG